GGAGCAAGUUUACAAAAGCAGAAAACUACACUUCAACUUCUUGAUGUUUUGGAGUGUUAUCUUGUUUCACUCUCUGCUCUGUGUCACUGGGUGAUGAUGAGUAUUGUUCCUGAGCAGUUUGGGAUCUUAUUGCUCUCACUGCUUCACACAUCAGCCCCAAACUGCAGAUGUGAUCAGCUGCAGACAUUUUGAUGAGCAAAGCAUCUCAGACAUUAAUCAGACGUGCCUCUGUGGGACCGGCCUUGUUCUUAUCAAAGUUCACGUUAACGCAGCACCAUGGGCGCCAAGCAGACCAAAGGCCAGGAGCCUGGAGGGGCCAGCCCUCAGCACAGCUGGAAGCGAACGCCCACCAAGGAGCGAGGAGACAUCUUGGCCUCCCUCAUGCUGAAGUCAGGGGACCGACUGAGCCGUGGUGGGACGCCGCCGCCCUACCAGCGCCGCAUCGGUAUGAUCCAGGAGAUGAUGCUGAUGGCCAAGCAGGGGAAGCAAGACGAGGCCACGGAGAUGCUGAAGACACUCCGACAGGACCUGGGCAUGGAGUCAACAUCUCUGGAUGAUGUGUUGUACCGCUACGCCAGCUUCAGAAACCUGGUUGACCCCAUCACGCAUGACCUGAUUAUCAGCCUGGCACGAUACGUCCACUGCCCCAAGACGGAGGGCGACUCUCUCGGGGCGAUGGAGAAGGUCUGUCGUCAGCUGACCUAUCAUCUCAGCCCCCACUCUCAGUGGAGGAGACAGGGCCUGCUCAAGAGGAAACCUCAGGCCUGUUUGAAGGCGGUGCUGUCGGCCCCUCUGUCCAGCGGAGCAUUGGAUCUGUCCGGUAUCCCUCUGGUGCCUCGGGACAUGGAGCGUCUGUGUGCUCACCUACAGCGCCACGCGUCCAUCGUGGUCAGCCUGGAGCUGGGCUUCACCGAGCUGACGGACGAGGCGUUCCUCCUGCUCCUGCCCACGCUGGCCGCGCUGCCACACCUGGAGACUCUGGCUCUGAACGGAAACAGGCUGACCAGAGCUGUUCUGAAGGAGCUGACGGACGCCCUGAAGGAUCCCGGCAGUUUCCCCAGCGUGACGUGGAUCGAUCUGGGCAACAACGUGGACAUCUUCUCCCUGCCGCAGCCCUUCCUGGUCAGCCUGAGGAAGCGCUGUCCCAAGCAGGGGAACCUCCCCACCAUCCUUGAGUUCGGAGAGAGUCAGGCCAGCGACCCCCCCGAGAGGCUGAGGGGGCUCGGGGAAGAGGAGGAGACGGACGACACCAACCGGACUGAGAGCAUGGGAGAGCUGCGGUCGGAGGUGGAGGAGGAGCUGGACGGAGAGAUGGAGAUAGAGGAGAUGAUGGAGGAGCUGCUGGACUUUGACAGGGAGGUGCAGGGGAAGGAGGAUGAGGACGAGAGCAUGUGGACAGUGGAGGAGCAGAGGAGGCGGGUGAGGAGAGGGGAGGAGAAGAGGGCAGAGAAGGAGGCGGAGAAGGAGGUGCAGAGGAAAGAGCAGCGGCGGGCAAAGAAGGCGGUGAUAGCAGACGAUGACGACGACACACACAGCCUCUCCUCCCACCUGUCAUGCUCCAGCCAGUCACAACACUCCUCCGGGGCCGUUGAGCCAAUGAGAGUGGAGGAGGAUGACUUAGACGAGGCGACGGACCAAUCGGACCACUUGACCUGAUUGCUGCUCCCUCUUCUGCUCAUG